AAAAAGUGGUCUGAUCGCUUCAAAAUGUACCGGAUAAUUCUGAUAUUUGCUCUUCUAACUUCACUAGUCUCCGGAGGACCCUAUUCGCGAACAUUAGGUCGUAUUAUAGGCGGUGAGGAAGUAAGUGUCGAUCAGGUACCCUAUCUGAUCUCUGUGAGAGUUCUCGGAGCUCAUCGAUGUGGUGGAUCACUAGUGAACUCUGAUUCCGUCCUAACUGCAGCACAUUGUGUUGAAGAGGUUCAUGUGGAAUUCCUGAAAUGUGUUGCUGGGACUGACUCAAGGACUACUGGCGGUGUUUCUCGGAGAGCUGAUAAAGUAAUCAUUCAUGGGAACUACAAGAGCGCAGACUUCCAAAAUGAUAUCGCAAUAAUUAAGCUGAAAGAGCAUUUUGAGUACACUGGUGUCAUCCAGCCAGUGAGGUUGGCCAGUUCUGCCGGGGCAUUCAGAAGAGGAACUAAAGCUUCAAUCGCAGGUUGGGGAACACGCAGUGAGGAUGACCAUUUCUUGCCGGUAAAGAUGUAUUCAGUGGAUGUUUACGCGGUGGAUUUUGAUGAGUGCGUGAAUUCGUAUGCUGGAGUCAAUACUGUGAGGGAAGGAAUGAUUUGCACUAGUUCACCAAUACGAGGGAGAGAUUCUUGCGAAGGAGAUGCUGGAAGUCCAGUGGUUGUCGGUGGAACCCAAGUAGGAGUGGUAUCUUGGGGGCAAGGCUGUGCUAGGGAAGAAUAUCCACGGGUACAUGUUGAAGUGGCGCAUUAUAGGUCGUGGAUUGAUGACCAACUGAAUGAGUGAAAUUUAUUUACUAUGUAGAUAAAUUUGUAGGAAUAAAGAUAGAAUUAUAAAAAA